CUUCCGGUGAGGGGGCAUCAGACGCUGGAAGUGGGAACCUCCGUCGCUAGGCCGAAGGGCGCGGGGCCCUAGAGGAGACGCGGGCCGUGUCUGUGGGGGCGCGGCCAGAGAGCGGGCGGCGGGCCGGGCCGGGGGAAGCCAGAGGGGGGCCGGGCCCCGCCGCGCCCGCCGCCAUGGACCCGUUCCUGGUGCUGCUGCACUCAGUGUCGGCCGGCCUGUCGAGCAGCGAGCUGACCGAGCUCAAGUUCCUGUGUCAGAGCCGCGUAGGCAAGAGGAAGCUGGAGCGCGUGCAGAGUGGCCUGGACCUCUUCUCCGUGCUGCUGGAGCAGAACGAGAUGAGCUCCGAGAACACCGUGCUGCUCCGCGAGCUGCUUGUCUCCCUGCGGCGCCAGGACCUAUUGCGGCGCCUGGAAGACUUCGAGGCGGGCGCGGCGGUCGGGGCCGCGCCGGAGGAGCGAGACCUGCGGGCAGCGUUUGACAUCAUCUGUGAUAACGUGGGGAAGGACUGGAGGAAGCUGGCUCGUCACCUCAGAGUGUCUGACGCCAAGAUUGAAGCCAUUGAGGAGAAGUAUCCCCGGAACCUGGCAGAACAGGUGAGGGAGUCGCUGAGAGUCUGGAAGAACAGCAGGCGGGACGAUGCGGCCGUGUCCCACCUGGUGAGGGCGCUCAGGGCCUGCCGGCUGAACCUGGUGGCAGACCUCAUCGAGGAGGGUCAGCGGGCCCGGGCCCUCCAGAGCGAGACUGGGGAUCCUGUGUCCCUCUCUGAGUCCUGGGACUCAGACUCGCCCGCCUCGGGGGCCUCCCGAUGACCCAGCUGCUCUUCUCCAGGACCAAAGGCAUCUACCCACUCUGAACUUCGGUUCCCUCCACCGCGGCUAACCAUGUCCCAUCCGUGCCAGCGUGUGAAGACCCGGCAGGGAGCCGGGUGAGGGCCCGCGCGGGCUCUGGGCACUGUGAUCAGCCUCAGAGGGAGAUGCUUUCAUCCCCGUUAAACGAGUUCCUACCAGAGGACAUUGCGGGCCACAUCCAACACGUAGGAGGGACCUAUAAAAGAUGGUGGUUAGGGUUAUAAACCUGGUCGUUGUACAAGUGAGGAAGCGCAGAGUCGAACUGGAGGCAAGUCAGUAGUAAUGGGGGGGCUGGGCUGGUGGCCAGUGCUGUCCAGCUCUGGAGCCCGUGCUUGGAACCGCUGGCUCCUUCUGCCAUCCCCAUGGUUGCCAAAGGCUUCGAGGCUGGUGGUGUAGACCCGUCUCCCAGGGCAGGUGGCAUAGGGGUGAGGCGAUGCCUGUGAGGUGUUUAGAAAAUGUGGACACAGGGCUGGGCAGAUGCUAGUUCAGAGAAGUAUGAUUCCUGUGAUUCCACAGUGUGUUACUAUUUUGUGUCAAAACCACUAUCUUUCUGAUAACAGAGUUGGCAAGGGAGCUGGAGCCUGUGAUUUUAAGAAGUAAUCUUUCUUCCUGCUUCUCAGGUAACCCUAUUGAAUCAGGGCCUUUACAAAGGAAACCUCCACAUUACAAAGAAUUUUCUCAUCCCAUUGAUGAUGAUUUCAUUUUACGUGCUCUCAGAAGUCCCAUUGUAGUCGAUUUCAGUGUCCCUUGAAGGUUAUCACAGGCCCAACCUGGGAGUAGGGUGGCUGCAUUUCAUAACAGCUCCGGGGACCACUAGCAAGGGGAGUGUUUAGGGGGCUGGGAUGAAUUAGGAGAUUGGGAUUGACAUAUACACACUACUGUGUAUUGUAUAAAGUGGCAGAGAGCCCAGCGUUCAUGCCUUGCGCCUUCCUGCUGUGACCUUGGGAAAGCUACUUGUGAUGUCAUGCCAUGCCGCCUUGACCUUGGGUUGCUGAGAUCCUAGCAACACUCCCCUCCAGGCUGUGGACCCAGCCUUCGGCACAUACUUAGUGCCAGGCACUGCUAGGAGCUGGGGUCAUGCAGCAGACAAGACAGAAGUGGCCCUACUCUGUUGACCCCGAAAGCCUGGCCGGGAACACGAGUGUUGACCAAUUCAUCACAAGUUUGGGAGUUGAGACAGUUCAGCCCCAGAGUGGCGUGGCCUGGCCCGGUUCAUGCACAGAAUAUUCCCCCGCCUGCCAGGAGCAUCUGCCUCUUCAGGACCUCGGGUCAGGGCUAGUUCUGUGGAUAACACACACAUCAUCAUCAUCAUCAUCAGUAAAUGAGAGUGGCUUGGCUAACGGGUCGCUUUGGGACGUAGGUGACCUGGAAAAUGUGUCCACGUUUCUUGAACAGAGGCAGAUUUCAGAGGUGCUGCCAAUCUUCUUAUGGUUUAUGGCAUAUGCUACUGAAAUGUGAGGGUGCUGGGCACCCUGGCCUGCAUCCCCCGGCACGGUUCUCACACCUGGAAGGAACCUCUACCCUCUGUCGCACCAGGUGCUCUCAUGGAGGCUUUGACAACACAUGCUUACAGCACUCAGGAUUUUCCAAGGCCUGGGACCCGGCACUGGGCCGACUCCGUGCCACGUGAGGUGAGGCACUGGUCCCCCUGGCCACCGGCAUCCAAAGGCUCCCCUCAGCGAGCUGCUCUGGUCCACGUGGUGAGGGUGUUGGAGCAGCCGCAGUAGACCAGUCACAUGACCUAAUCUCACCCCCAAGGCACAGAUCUGAGUUCCAGGACACAAGAGGUGAUGGAUGAGAAAGCGCCUCCUUCCAGCACUGCUGUCUGCCUCCCAGGCCCUGCAGGUGGGCCAGCCGUGGUGGCUCUGGGCCGCUGGGGCAAAGCUGCAGAGCCUGGUGGUGGGUGAACUUGCACAAGAAACUGGCCCCGGAAGGUGGGAGCUCCAGGCCAGGUAGAAUCCUCCGUUUGUUCAGUCCUCAGUGGUCAGGAGGCUUCCACUGUAGCUGCGCUGCCAGGCAUUGACGUGAGACUGAGCAAGCAGGCAGCCUGCCCUCAGAAAGCACACAAUUUCCCCAGUUUUGUGACACAAAAGGAAAAGGCACAAUAAAAGUGUAUAGAGCGACUUCCCUGGCGGUCCAGUGGUUAAGACUUCACCUUCCAAUGCAGGGGGUGCGUCGGGGAGCUAAGACCCCACGUGCCUCGCAGCCAAAAAACCAAAACAAGCAAUAUUGUAACAAAUUCAAUAAAGACUUUAAAAAUGGUCCACAUCAAAAAAAAAAAGUGUAUAGAAAAAGCACAAAUGCCUAUAUGGGCCCUAAAAGUGGAAAGGUACACAGCAAAUUUUGGAGAGCAGUUCUCUGAACGAUAGUUUUUCUGUAUGCUAUCCAUAUUUUCCCUGUUUCUGUAACGGUUUCAGUUGUCCGCCAAAUACCAGUCCCAGGUGUAACGUGGACCGUGAGGGGGGGUGUCCUGGAGAGCAGGGCGCCGCAUGGGCUCUCGAGCCUGACCUGGGUGUGAACCAGGGGCUCUGUCCCUUGGGGCUCCACCUUCCUGAAAAGGGGCCAUUAGAUAAAUAUGAAGUGCUUGGCCAAGUCUGUGGCCCUAUUUUUACCUUAAAAACAAACAUGUCACCCAGAGCCCCAGAGGUCUGCCAAAGGCUGUUCUGCUCUGUGUGGUCUCAGAACAUUGAGCCCAGCCUCUGUGCGUCUUGCGGGAUCUUAGCUCCCUGAUCAGGGAUUGAACCCGUGCCCCCUGCAGUGGAAGCGCAGAGUCCUAAGCACUGGACCGCCAGGGGAUUCCCGUUCCGGGUCUUCUCAUAACCCCUCCUGGGACAGAUGUGGUUGACAUCUAACCAGAGCUGUGACCCUGGGGACAGGUCAGCUACACCCCACGUAGGCUGUGAGCUGCUGCAAUUUCUGGACAAGGAUUUCUCACAGCAACUUUCCAAAAAAAACCAUCCCUUUUUUUUUUUUCAGUCACAUAAAAUUUUUUCUGAUAAAGCUGCACGUGAUUUCCUUGGAAGCGAAAGUUGAGCCACAUUCUGCUCUCAAUCCUUUUUCCCCUGAGAAGAAGGGAAAGAAGGGUCCACAUGUACGUGCUUUGCGGGAGAUUUCCCAGCCAGCGAAGGAGAAUUGGAACAAGUGUUUCCUCGACAAGGGUCGCUCCCUCUCCCGGCCCACAGGCUUCCCGGCCUCCCCCUGCCACCUCGCCGAGGCCAGCCCUGCUCCUGGGCGCCCGGGGCUGUGGGUCCCCGUCCAGGGCCCCCGCCCCCUCCAGACUCUUCCGUUGGGGCGGGGGCUGGCCCGCCUCCCGUCCGCUCCUCUUCCUCCCAGGCGACCCCACGGCCACCCCCAAAGUGCACUGCAGAGUGGAGGCUGCCGGUCCCACGGUGCGCUCUCCUGGUUUGUGCGGCCUCUAGGGCACCUGGCCGCUUCCUUCCGCCUCCGUGCCCUGUCCCAGCCCCCCACCCAUGGGAGCAACACUUGCUAUGCAAGUGACCGGAUCACAGAUUUCUGGGAUUCGGACGUGGGCGUGGUGGGGGCAGGUGUUCCGCCCAGCGCACGGCGCCUCCGCCUCAGCAUCCCCCCACGCGUGCCCGGUUCCGUGCCUGGCGACACAGCCCGGUUAGUUGCCCUCGGCGCAGACCGCGGCCCCCUCCCUGGGGCUCGCGCUCCCGUACGCAGCAGCACCGGCUCCUCUGGACCCUACCUCGCAAGCCUUUCUCGUUGCCCCCGCCUCUGCCCCUUCUGCCCCGCCUCGUCAGCCGCCAGAAAUAGUCAUGCUGCAGACUCCCGACUGUAUUCCUAGAAACCGCAAGCUCUCUCCACAUAUUUUUCAGUUUUGUGUUUUUCUUCCCAUGAUACGUAUUCUGAGUCAUCUUGCUGACUGCUUUCUAACCACAGGAUUCCUGUGUGCAUCGCGUUUUGGAACCAGACAGGCAAGCGUGAUGCAGGGUCGCGCGUGUGCUUAUUCGAAAAUGGCCGGUCACCGUACAUCGGCCGGAUCAGGCAAAGCUUCCCUUUUACAAGGAAAAUGUGCAAUUGAAACCCUUUUUCGUCAAAGAAGCCCUCAGUUUCUUAAGUCAGUGACUAAGUUAAUACACUGUGGCAAGAGUCCCACGUGGGUACCAACCACAUUAGUUGUCACCAGGCAACAGAGGCCGAGUCAGUGCGUCAGCGGUGUCCUCGUCAAGCGAAGGCUGGAAACCGGAAAACGUGGGUCGUUUGGUCACCCAGGCACCAGGCAGGGCUAAGCUUCCCUUCCCCACACCUGCUUGGUGACAGUCUCGGAACGGGCAACGACUUUGUUUCAGCGCGUGUUUCACGGGACAGACCUGUCUGGGGAGAUGACGAAGUUCUCGAGAUGGUUGGGAUGAUGGUUGACAACACUGUGAGUGAAUUUUAUGUUGGUAUUAUUUUACCACAAGUUUUAAAAUCAUCCUUCACAUUAAAUUAACCAUUUAGUUAUAUUAUUAAUCUAAAUUGUAUUCGUUUCGUGGACUUCUCUCUGUCUAAUUUGAAUUUUAUUGGCGUUUUGUAAGUUACGAGGGCUAGGAGCAUAAGCGUGUCUCCGGCCUAUGUGUGUGUUGAAGUGACAUUAUUAUAAAUAAAACUUUGUCCAUC